AUGGUAGCUGAGAACACCUCCUCUGUGACGGAGUUCAUCCUCGCAGGCUUGACAGAGAAGCCGGAACUCCAGCUCCCCCUCUUCUUCCUGUUCCUAGGUUCUUACCUGGUCACUGUGGUGGGGAACCUAGGCUUGAUAACCUUGAUUGGGCUGAACCCUCACCUGCACACCCCCAUGUACUUCUUCCUCUUCAACCUUUCUUUCAUAGAUUUCUGCUAUUCUACCGUCAUCACUCCCAAAAUGCUGAUGAGCUUUGUCUCAAGGAAUAAUGUCAUCUCCUACGGUGGAUGCAUGACUCAGCUCUUCUUCUUUCUCUUUUUUGUUGUCUCUGAAUCCUUCAUCCUGUCAGCCAUGGCGUACGACCGCUAUGUCGCCAUCUGCAAACCACUGGUGUACAUGGUUACCAUGUCUCCCCAGGUGUGUCUCCUCCUUCUGUCGGGUGUCUAUUGGAUGGGGUUUGCUGGGGCAAUGGCGCACACUGUCUGCAUGGUGAGACUGACCUUUUGUGCCGAGAACCUUAUCAAUCACUAUAUGUGUGACAUCCUUCCCCUUCUGGAACGCUCUUGCACCAGCACUUACGUGAAUGAGCUGGUAGUUUUCAUUGUUGUGGGCAUUGAUAUUGGGGUUCCCACAGUCACCAUCUUCAUUUCCUAUGCUCUCAUCCUGUCCAGCGUCCUCCGCAUUUGCUCUGCCGAGGGCAGGUCCAAAGCCUUCAGCACCUGCAGUUCGCACAUAAUUGCAGUUUCUCUUUUCUUUGGCUCAGGAGCAUUUAUGUACCUUAAACCUUCUUCUCUUUUGCCUAUGAAUCAGGGGAAAGUAUCCUCCUUAUUCUACACCAUUGUGGUGCCCAUGCUUAACCCAUUAAUCUAUAGCUUGAGGAAUAAGGAUGUCAAAUUGCUCUGAGAAAAACCUUGAGCAAACGCUCAUUC